CUUGUACUUUUUUUUAUUCUUGACCAACCUUUGCAAUGGGUUUCGUUGAUAAUAUAAACGAUAGAAUUGCACAUUCGUUUAUUGGAAAGCACUUUCAACUUGAAGGUUCAGGUGCUCGCCGUGAACGUAUUGGUACCCGGUUUUCAACUGAAAUUCGAGCUGGUUUGACUACUUUCUUUGCUAUGGCUUAUAUUAUAUCUGUUAAUGCUUCUAUUCUUUCUGAAUCUGGUGGUACCUGUGUUUGUCCUGCAACUGAAGCUGAUCCUACCUGUGACAACAAUGUAGACUAUAUGAAUUGUAUUUAUCAAGUUAAACUUGAUUUGAUUAUGGGUACCUCUCUUAUUGCUAUGAUCUCUUCCAUUUUGAUGGGUUUUUUUGCUAAUCUUCCUUUGGGUCUUGCUCCUGGUAUGGGUUUGAAUGCUUAUUUUACUUAUACUGUUGUAGGUUAUCAUGGUUCUGGCAAAGUAUCUUAUGAAACUGCUUUAGCUGCUGUCUUUAUUGAAGGCUUAAUCUUUUUGGUAUUAUCUAUUUUUGGUAUUCGUCAAUGGUUAGCUAGAAUCAUCCCAAUGAGUAUUAAAAUAGCCAUGGGUUGUGGUAUUGGUUUAUAUCUUUGUUUCAUUGGUUUACAAGCUUCUGCUGGUAUCGGUCUUGUUCGCUUAGAUACAUCCACUUUGGUCACUUUAGGUGGUUGCCCUGAUGCUGCCUUGGACAAGAAUGGUUCAUGUUUAUGGGGUCAUAUGGAAUCUGGUACUAUGUAUAUGGGUCUUUUAGGUCUUAUUAUUAUGUCUAUCUUGAUGUUGUAUCGUGUUCGUGGUGCUAUUCUUCUCUCUAUCAUCUUUAUUGCAAUUACCUCUUGGCCUCGUAACAAUGCUGUCACCUAUUUCCCUUAUACUGCUCAAGGUGAUGCUAUGUUUGAUUACUUUAAACAAGUAGUAUCCGUACACAAGAUGACUCAUACUCUCGGUAAAUUUAACUUUGAUUUGACUGGCAAGGAUAUUUGGAUUGCUUUGAUCACUUUUCUAUAUGUUGAUAUUCUUGAUACCACUGGAACUAUGUAUAGUAUGGCCAAAUAUGGUGGAUUCACUGACAAGAGUGGUGAUUUUGAAAAAUCCACUUUUGCUUUUAUGACUGAUGCCUUGACAAUCACUAUUGGUUCUUGCUUUGGAAGUUCACCAUGUACUGCAUUUGUUGAAUCUGGUGCUGGUAUUGCUGAAGGUGGUCGUACUGGUAUUACUGCUAUCACUAUUGGUUUUGGAUUCUUUAUUACUAUCUUCUUCUCACCCAUUUUUGCAAGUUUCCCUCCUUGGUCUACAGGUCCUGCCUUGAUUAUUGUUGGCUCCAUGAUGACAUCCAGUAUCCGUAAUAUUAAUUGGGAUUAUCCUGGUGAUGCUAUUCCUGCAUUCAUCACUUUGGCUGUGAUGCCCUUCACCUACUCUAUCGCUUAUGGUGUGAUUGGUGGUAUCUUCUCAUAUAUUAUCAUCAAUGGUGUUGUAUACAUUUUGGACAAGAUAUCCGGUGGUCGUAUUCAUCCUGAUUAUUCUACGCGUGAAGAAUGGUGGCAUGCCGCUUUCAGUCGACCCAUGUCUCCCAUCUGGAUCCGUUAUUUAAUUUCCAAAGCUCGUGGUGAAAAGGACUUUGAUUGGUAUCAAGAUGAUUGCGAAUUUGAAGAUGAACAAGUGGAUCCCAACGUUGUUGUGACAUCUGAUACUGAUUCUGUAGUCAAUAGUCAAAUUCAUAAUCAGCAUCUUUCCGAAAAAGGUGAAUUAUAUCAUUAGGCUAUUCUUGUAGUUAUUGUGUAUUAUGUUAUACUAUUAUUAUUAUUACUAUUAUUACUCUUAUUAUUUUCGUUAUUAGUUAUUAUUAUCUUCUCUCCUCC